CUGUGUUUACGUUGUGUGCAAGGUGGUGGUUUGUUAUGAAUAUAUAUGUGUGCCGUGUUGCAAAACAUAAUGAGUGUUGUGAAGAGAAAAUUUGUAAAAAGACUUAACAAUGACUGGGAAGUGUAUGUUUCAGCAAAAUACCCAGACAAAUAUUUUUAUUUCAACUUAAGGACUGGAGUUACGACUUGGGAACCUCCUGAUCCAGCUGAAGACGAAUGCCUAAAUGGUGGACCAUUCUCUCUCAGGAGCUUCUUAAUGUGACAAUAACCAAUGACACAAGACUUAUCGCAUUGCUCGUAAGCAUUGUUAAAUGAUACCGAGAUAGUUUUUAACCAACACAGGUUGGAUGUAUGAGUACAAAUUCUGAUACCAAGUCACCGGACAAUCCACAUGAACAGAGGACUAUUACAAUGACGAAUGAAAGAUGUGCUCCUAUUUCUGGGGCUAAGGUGGUUCCUACUUCAUUAAAUACAGGUCGCUUUGUGAAAGAAGAGCCUACAUAUCAUGAGUUGACAAUUGAUGAAACAGUUUGUGGCAGUCAUGAAACAUCAGACAAUUCUAGUUGUUCGAACAACAGGCUUAAUAUUAGUAGAAACAAUAUAAAUUAUGAACAAGGAAAAUCUGCAGUGCAAGGAACUGGCAGAGUUAAGUUAAAGCGACGUUGGGUGGAAUCUGAAGAUUCAAGUGCUUCUUGCGAUAAAGUCAAUGCCAAAAAACAAACUGGCCAAAUCAGUCAUAAAUUUACAGCUUCUGGGUCAACGCAGGCAGCUGAAAGUGGAAUGCAGAGCAAUUUUACUGAAAAAGCAAGAAAAACUGGCUCUGUUGCUGGUAUAGCAGAACAGAGGUUGGUUCGUUUAAGGAAGAUACUGGAAAAACAGAAAACUCUGUCACCAAGAAAAAAUAGCAACAUCUCUGCAACUUCUUUGCCAGAAAAACGAAGUCCCAGGGCUACAAAACCAUCGGUUACUGAUAGGGAGGCCAGCACUCCCACAAGGAGUAAUACUGUUAAACAGGGUGAACAAUUUUUGCCAACUCAAGGAAAUGCCAGGGCUGCAAAUACUGUUCCUGAUAGGAAAGUCAUCUCUCCCACAGACAGUAUUACUACGAAAUGGCGUGAACAAUUUUCACCUCCUCAAGGAAGUCACAUAUCUCGAAAUAUUGGUGUUUCUGAUGGGAGUCGUGUAUCUUCCACGCAGAAUGUUGGUACCAAACAAUGUAAACAAUUUUCACCUCAAAAAGGUUCACGUCGCAAGAAGAAUGUAGCUGCUAAUCGGUUGAAAGUUUUACAGGACCAAUUGAAAAAAGAUCAAAAAACAUUGCAAGGAAAUCAGAACAAGAAUGUGCAACCUAAACAACCAAUUUGUGUUGUUGUACAUGACUCACACAGAACCAAUGAUGAAGCAGAGUUUUUGAAAGCAGAAGAACAAAUGCUAAUGGAUGUGCAAGAAUUACGAGAAGAAAUUCAUAAGGCAGGUGGUGUGAACCCUGAAGAAAUAGAGGAAAUGAUUUGUGAAAUAAUACCAUCUUCAUUUCCUGAUACAAAAUCCAAUUUGUAUAUUGUUUCGGACACCAAUGUCCUGGUCUCCAACUGUCAGUCCAUUGACAAGCUUUGCAAUACAAAUGUAGAAGGAAUUGGCUGUCCAGUUUUCAUCAUUCCGUGGAUGGUUCUACAUGAACUGGAUAUUUUAAAGGACAGAAGAGAUGUAACAAAGAGCAAGAUGACAGCAGUACGAGCUCAGAAGGCCAUUACAUUCCUGCACAAAUGUUUUUCAACCAAACAUCCUCGAGUCAUAGGACAGACCGUGUCCGACGCUGGCCCUGAUGCUCUUAGUGGUUUAUGUAAUCCUGACAACAGCAUUCUUCAGUGCUGCCUACAACAAGUAGGACUGGGCCGCAAAGUGCUGCUGCUUAGUGAUGACAAGAAUUUGCAGAAUAAAUGUAUGGUAAAUGGAAUUGAUGCAGUUGGCAAAAGUGAUUUAAAGAAUUACUUAGAAAAAUUGAGUAAACAGAAUAAAAAUAAGCCAGAAGCGGCAAAGACACUUACUUCCAAUCCAGGAGAGUCAUCAUUUGAAGAAUCUGAUGUAAAAGUUAAUAUUUUAGUCACAAACCUGAUGCACUGUGCAAAAGAAGUACUUUCAAAGAUUAUUGUGCAAGAAAUGGGAAGUGCAUAUGGUGACAAGUGGAUUGAUGUUAUUUGUGUGAAGCCACCUUUUUCUCUCAGUGAUAUUUUUACCUGUCUGAUGCAGCACUGGAUGGCUGUCUUCGGACUGGUAAUGAGCAAAAACAGCCUGGCUACAGUGAAGGAACUCAAAAAACUGUGUGAAUCUCCUCGUGAAAAGAAUCAAGGUUGUAGAAUAUCCAUAGAAGAUGUGAAGAACAUUGCAAUCAGAUUUGCACGCCUUACUUCUGAGUUUGUGAAACCACUCUACAGUAAAUUGAUAAAAGAAGCACAGUUAUACUUAGAGAAUUUAAUCAGUGAUUGUGAGAAUCCAUUUUCACGUUCAGAGCUGAAAAAUUCUGUGACGUUCAGUGAACCAUCCCCUGAUUGGGUAGUGUCCAAACACCUAGUUGUUGUUGAAAACAUUAGAAAGAUAUGCAUUGCUCUAGUGGAGCUUUGUCAACAACUGCGGAUGGUAAUAGCUCAGGACCAAAGCUUGGUACAAGCAAGACUACAGGUAGUACUCUCUGAAGAUGAUUUAAAAACAUGGGUGUCAUAUUUUUACGGGCCUGUAUCAAACCUGUAUUUAAUAAUGGAAAGUGUUGCUGGAGCUAAAGAAGCCCAGGCCAUGCGCUCUCCCGAAAUGGUCCCAGUUAUGGACCAUAUGUUCAAAGAUUUUUCUGAACUGUACAGAUUAAUUUCAUCAGGGCAGCAGGUGGGGUUCACUAUUGAGGAUAUGUUCUCAUUCUUUGAAGAUAGUGAAACAAGUGAUAUAUUUAAGGAAAUUAAAGAACAGUUCCAUAAUUGUGGAGUUAUAAUGAGGCAAGCUGUUGAUCAUUUUUCUGAAAAAGACCUCAUCCCUUUCUCCAACAAUAAUAGUGCUAAUAACAGCAUUUCACUGGAUGAUGUGGAAAUGGAAGAACAGUUCAGUGAUACUGAUAAAUCUCCCUGACUGAAUUUCUUUGAAAUUGUAAAAUAUCUCUCCUUACCUGCAGCUAUCAACUCUCAGAGUUGUAAAUUUUAGUUGUAUGUCUUGUAUGUCUGUAUCAUCCUUAUCAUAUGUCUUAUAUACACAGAGUGUCUGUCCCAAGAGUCAUCAGGCUCACUUUCUGUUGUAUUUUUGCUUAUAUUUGCAAUUUUGUUUUUGCAAUGUAUAGUGGAGCCAGCUCUAACAAAUACUGCUUAUCACAAAACUUUCACUUGAAGCCUAUUGUCUAUGGAAAGUAUCAGUUUGUUUCCCAUUACCAUUAAAAUGAUUUCUAAAGCAGAUUUUUAUGUGCUAUUUUUUUAAAGUGGUACCAACUUAGUCUAGUGCAAUAUUCAUUUUAUCAAUAUGUAUCAACAGGAACAGUAAAAUUCUAAGAAUUGCCAGUACUCCAGCCUUGAUUAACAUUCUACCAUGCUUAGUUGCCGUUGGAAUACUAUUUAUUUUUUUUUGUUUUACUCUCCCUGUUAUGAAAUAUUGUUAAAAUGAAUAUGACACUAGACUAAUUUGGGAUUGGUGUGUCAAGUAAGCAUGUAAAAUUCUGCCUUAAAAUAAUUUUGCUUGUAACGAGAAACAAACAAAUGCUUUCUACUGAAAAUGGACGUCACAUGAAAUGUGUGAUGUGCAGUAUUUGUUUGUGCUGACUCCUUCUACACAUUGCAAAGACCUCCCAAAAUACCAGAGAAAAUGCACUUGCUGACUCUUGUACCUGUAUAUACCUGUGUGUGUUUGUACAUAGAACCAUAUUUGUUUGUGAAAGGAAAAUUUUGAUUUUUGUUUUGAUUUUUACUACAGUUCAUGCAAACAGGACACACAUAUGUACAAGAGGGGAAAUCAAGGGAGGGAAAGAGUAUUUUGGUACAACAGAUGAGCAGUGAGACUAGAGGCAGUAGUGUCAUACAUAGGAAAGUGUAAGAAGGGUUUAUUUUACAAGUGUAUCCAUAUGAAAUAUACUUUUCAGUCAUAAGCAAACAGUAGCUCGGCUAUUAAGAAGACAUUUACAAAUCUUUUGAAUAAUUAAAGAACCAGUUGUUCAUUACAAGUAAUACUUUUCAUCUGUGGAUUUAAUACUAUGGAUCAUUCUCUGUCACUAUUGCCACAUGUAAGAACACAUUUAGAAAAUGCUCCAGGCUGUGUUUCUUCAACCUUUGCAAUCAGGUCUGUUUCAU